AUGGAGACCCUAUCUGUCGAGAUAGUCAUAAAGAUACUUGAAAAUCUCUCAAAAGAAACCCUGAAGGUCGUUCGAUUGACUUCGAAAGAGCUGAGUGCUCUGGCUUCGCCGCUCCUCUUCAACAGAGUAUAUGCUUCGUCCCAUCUUCAUGACCUGGAAGUGCUCUCUUCAAUCUCUCGACACCCAGUCCUAAGCCUCCACGUUCGGGAAAUUGUGUUUUGUGGAAUGUUCUUCCAUUCCUCCGGCAUAAAAACAAACAACAAAUCGAUUCCGGAAGAUGAUUUGGAGAACGGCCGUCAAUACUAUAAAAGCCGCCUUGACGAGCAAAAUGAAACUCUGUCUAGUAAAGAGGAUCUCGUGAUUAUCUCCACGGCUCUUGCAAGGAUGCCUAAUAUCCAAAUGGUUGUGCUCACAAACCACUGGCUUCCUACAAGAGAUCUUUUGAAUCAUUGCGAUUACGAAACUAGGGUUUAUGGGCCGGAGGGUCAAUACGGGGAGGGUCCAUACGGGGAUGCGAGAUCCGGUGGACCAUUAUCUCGUUGUUACCCUCGUUUUGCUGAGAAGCCUGAUGGAUGGCAACAGUUUAUCCCGGGAAAAAUUAGCAAGUACAUACGCAUCGACCACGGUUUUACGGUUAUGUGUCAAGCGCUGUCUAUCGCCCAGGUACCAGUCCAAAUGCUCUCGAUCGAUUAUUCUGAUCCAGUGAUGAUGGAUACGGCUGCGAUACCAGGCAUUUAUGUUGGCUCGUUCUGUGUAACAUUACGCAUGUUGAACCAUUUCAUCAAUGCCUUUAGACAUCUUCGGAAGAUGUCUUUCAGUCUCUUCCUAUACGGUUUCGACCAUGAUUGUGAUAUGAGUGAUGAUAUGGAUAACCAUACUGACGAGUGGCUGGCGCUGAUGGAAGGGAAUGUGGCAAAAGUAUUCACCGCAGCCACCGACUUGGAAGAGUUGGCUAUCGAUUUUACCGAUAAAAUGCAUCGCAUAACAUUAAAUAACUUUUGGGGUGAUCAUACCUGGCAUCGCCUUCGUUCACUUAAGCUCUUUCGCAAAAGAAUGUACCAAAAUGAAAUGGUUGAAUUAAUACGUCGCCAUUGCAAGACACUCGAGGUUCUGCAUCUCUAUUCUAUCGUUAUUCACGGUGGGGGUUGGCCAGAGGUAGCAGAUGUCAUGCGAGAAUGCGUUGCUCUACGGUCACUCUCUUUUGGUCGCCUAGGAGAGCGAGUGGACCAUAACAAUGUUAAACCAGUUAUAAUAGAGAACUUGGAGGAAUAUGUUCUUCGCGGUGGGUUAGGCCCGAUCUACGAUCCAGAUUACCGCCCACAGACUCCGAUUUGCGCAUCUCUAGAUUAG